AUGCACUCCGCCGCCCUCCUCUCAGCCAUCCUCCUCGCCGCGGUCAAGGCCGACCUGCAGCUCGACUCGGACGACAUCUCGCGGAACUGCACGUCCAUCUGCCGGCCCGUGCUGGAGCUGAGCCGGACCUGCGAAGUCGACGACGACGCCGUCCCGGACGACCUGACCGAGGACCGCCUGAACCUGCAGUGCCUCUGCACCAACGACAGCUUCGACGUCCAGCGGUUUACUGGGCUGUGUGCGAGCUGCAUGCAGCAGAACCCGAGGGUCGACAACGACGACAACGAUGAUGAUGACGGCCCUGACAGGCCUGAUGACAACAACAGGGACAUCAACGAGAUCCUGAGCCGCUGCGGCUUCCAGGGAACGACCUACUCGGCCUCGGACGCCAACGCGGCCAACGGCAUCGUCGUGGCCGCCACCCGCCCCAACAACGCCAACCAGCUCACCACCACCAUCACGGGCGGCACCGGUGCUGUCGGCCCGGCCCCCACGGGCACGGGCGCCACCAGCGUCGGCACCUUCACCACGACGGGCACCAUCACCAGUGGGUCGAGCACGAUCACCACCACCGGCACGACCGUGGCGACCGGAGGGGCCGCCGCCACGGGCACCGGCGCCACCGUUGCCGGAGCACCUGGCCUGGAGCCGCUUGGUGGUGGGAUGAAGGUGUUGCUUACUGUGGUGGGCGCUGGCGUCUUGGGCUUCUGGAUGCACUAG